AUGAGCAAGGACAGAACGCCCUUGUUCUGUAGGGUGAAUGAUUUUAAGCCCCUACAGAAUGCCUCAGGAAGCAUCAAGGAUGAAAAGGAUGCCCAGGACUUGAUCUUAGAAAAAACCAAAGAAGUGGAGUCUUUACGAAAUUCCAGCUUGGUUAAAGGAGCAAGAAAAAUGCCAGGGGCAAUGGAGCGAUUUGAUAAACUGGAUAUGUCAGCUAUGCUUAAGUUGGAGCUGGCUUUCGACAGAGAGCGAAUUUCCAGAAAGAUCCUCCCAGAGGCUGCUCCAAGCACUCUAAACUGUAAAAUGAAAGCCAGAGAGAAGUACCAAUCUGACCUGUGGUUAGAAAUUGAACACCUGAAUAAGGGUUUAGUGCUACCAGACCCAAGUUCAUCUUCCUUGGCACGUUUUAAUACAACUACCUAUGCCGUGGCUCAGUGUGAAAUCACAGAUUCUGCUCACCUUCCAGUUCACACCCCAACGAUAAAGAGAAAGGAAUAUCAUAAUAGAAUCCUCUUUCCAACUCAGAUUCCAAAGAAAGCAGGGAUGAAAAAAGGAUGGCAGAGGGCAUUGGCUGUAGUGUGUGACUUCAAACUCUUCCUGUAUGAUAUGGAUGAAGAAGAAGACUCAACACCCAAUGUUGUAGUUAGUCAAGUGAUUGACAUGAGGGAUGGAGCGUUUUCUGUUAGUUCAGUCUGGCCCUCUGAUUUUAUUCCUGCAAGGAGAAAGGAAAUGCCUCGUAUGUUUAAGGUCACAGCUUCCCAGCUCUCAGCACCUAGUAAUAGAUAUUCAAUCCCAAUCUUAGCAGAUAGCGAGAAUGAGAAGAGUGAGUGGGUGAGCGUGCUGAGUGAAUUGCACAAAAUAUUGAGAAAAAGUCAUUCCGGAGACCGCUCAGUCUAUGUUCUGAAAGAGGCUUAUGACAACAAUCUACCCCUGAUCAAAACCACCCAGACAGCUGCAAUCAUAGAUCACAAAAGAAUCGCUCUGGGAAAUGAAGAAGGGUUAUUUGUUGUCCACGUUACCAUAGAUGAAAUUAUUCGCAUUGGCUACAUGAAGAAGAUUCACCAGAUUGAGCUUAUCCCCCAUGGCCAGAUGGUUGCAGUGAUCUCAGGACGAAGUCACCAUGUGCAGCUGUUUCCCAUGUCAGCUUUGGAUGGACGAAAGACUGAUAUUCACAAGCUGGCAGAAACCAAAGGGUGCCAGACCGUGACUUCUGGAACAGUGUGCCAAGGGGCCCAUACAUGCCUCUGUGUGGCUAGGAAAAGCCAAAUCUUCUGUUACAAGCUGUUUCAGAGCAAGAAAAUUUCUCACAGAAAAUUUAAAGAGCUCCAAAUCCCAACCAAUGUCCAGUGGAUGGGCAUCUUCAGCGAACAGCUCUGUGUAGGAUUCCAAUCAGGAUUCCUGAGAUACCCCUUGAGGAGAGAAAGAAUUCCAUACAGGAUGCUGCACUCCCAUGACCCUACACUGUCAUUUAUUGCACAUCAACCAGUGGAUGCUCUCUGUGCAAUUGAGAUCUCUAGUAUUGAGUAUCUGUUAUGUUUUAAGAGCAUUGGAAUUUACACUGACAGCAGGGGCCUCAGAUCUAGGCCAGCUGAACUGAUGUGGCCAGCAACUCCAAGUUAUUGCUAUUCGUUAAGUGAGAUGAGAGGAAGGCUCAUCUUUGGUCUAUCUUAUACUGAACCAAGGGCCAGCCAUGACCAAGCACCUCCACCUAAGGGAGCAGCACCCAAUUCGUCAGGACUUUCUGCCAGGUAG